GGAAAACCCCCCCUACCCGCGUAGGUAAGCAAAGCACGUCUCUAAACGAGCGAAUCAGCGACGGGGCGGAUACGACGGCAUGGCGUGGACAGCCGCCCGUCGUCCAGCCCAUCCAUUCUCACUCGUUGUGUGUCCCCUUUCCGCCAUCAGGCUGCAUCCUGAAUCUCUUUCUCCUUCUUGUUUCUGGCGGCUUCAAUUUUUUAUCUGAAAACAUCCGUCUUGCCCUGAGAAUCAAUUCAAGCCUACGGCAUACAAAGUUGUAGAAGACGUCAGAUCCGCCCCCGCGAUCGAUCUUCCCGUCAGUUCGAAGUCGCAUCGGACCCGUAAUGGCCCCCUCCACCGCAACCACAGAGAUGGAGCCUCUCAUCAACUCUAACCCGGUGCUGCAAUCCUACUACGCGUCGCUCGAGUCCCGUAUCGGCUAUCGCCUGGUUCUGGGAGGAACACGGCACUUCGGCUAUUGGGACAAUGACACCUACUUCCCCUUCCCCCUCAGUCGCGGCCUACGGACCAUGGAGGACAAAAUGGCUGAGGUCCUGAACUUGCCCAAAGGAUCAACGGUGCUGGAUGCUGGCUGUGGGAAUGGUCAUGUUGCAAAACACCUCGCCAGCAAGCAUGGCCUCCGAAUCGAGGCAUUCGAUGUCAUCCAGCGCCAUGUAGAGAGGGCGAGGAAGACCAUCAAGAAAGCUGGUCUUGAGAACCAGGUGACUGUCAACAGGAGAGAUUACCACCACUUAGAGUCGCUGGAAAGCGAGUCAUUUGAUGGCAUAUACACCAUGGAGACUCUUGUUCACGCCACGGACCCGGAGACCGUCCUGGCAGGCUUCUUCCGACUGCUUAAGCCCGGCGGCCAUCUUGCCAACUUUGAGUACGACCACGAGUUCAUCGGAGACUCUCCAGAAGUCAUGGCCGACAACAUGCGCAAAAUCAAUGAGUAUGCCGCCAUGCCGACAAACAACCGGUCACAUCCGGGCGUUUUCAAGCAGCUCAUGGAGGAAGCGGGCUUCGUGAACGUCGAGGUUCGCGACUUCUCCGAGAACAUCCGCCCGCUGUGCCGUCUGUUCUUCCUCCUUGGAAUUAUCCCUUACAUCUUCAUCAAGACCUUUGGCCUCGAGCGCUACUUCAUCAACACCGUCGCUGGUGUGGAGAGUUACCGGGGCAAGGGUCGCUGGAGGUUCGUCGCCAUCUCGGCUACCAAGCCUGGAGAGACCCUUGAACCCCCGAAGUCUCGAUGAAAACUUGGCCGACUAGCACUGAGGGAUUUGGAGUUAUGUGAAAGCUAGCAGCUGUGUUGAAUUCCAAGGCACGCUGAACUUAAUGAGAACCGUUUGAACGGCUUCAGUCAUGGGGGAAACAAUUUCGGGGGAG